AUGACUGACACGACUGAAUUCACGUUCGACGAUCUCAAGGCGCGCUCGUCCAAGAAGGACCUGCACAUGCUCAUCCACGGCAAAGGUCAGUCGUGUGUGACGUUGGUGUCGUGCAUGGCUUGUUAACACGUGCGAACGAGGACACCGGAGCUGAUCGCGAUUCACCUGGCCCAUGUGUUGCCACCCCCGCCGUUUCGCCCUCGUCCGCGUUGUCGUACGGUGAUAUGUCCUACAGUCUAUGCCAUCGCCAAAUUCCUGGACGAGGUACUUUUCUGUCUUAUUUGUCGCGUUACGUCACCCGUGCAUGUCACUGACCCACUUGGCUCUGACUGGUGUUCCACGUCGCGUACAGCACCCGGGAGGUGACGAGGUUUUGUUGGGCGAGGCCGGAAAGGAUGCAACCGAGGCGUUUGAGGAUGUUGGACACUCGGACGAGGCGAGGGCCAUCUUGGACAAGUACUUUGUUGGCAACGGUCCCGCCGUAAGUUGGCCGUGGCCACUCUCCUCCUGCCGCGUCAGGGGUUUUGGUGCUCGAUCACGCGACAUUUGUCCGUAGUGGCAACGAGUCUACUUUCGGCACCCAAUUCUGGUGUGAUCUUCGAUCAAUUUCCGCCGUCGCCCCGUCGUUUGCUUGCCCGUGCUAGCUUUUACAAUCGCUGACUUCCCACGCCGCUGUGCCUGCUCUAUUUCACAGAGCUCUUCGAAAGAGCCCCCCAAGCGGGGAACCCGAACGAACGGUGGCCUCGGUGAUCAACCUCAGUACGUGUUUGCACAUCCGAAUACAUGGCAGUAUCUUCGACAAUACUCUAUCAAGCUCGGCGCACCUUCCAUCCCGGGGAACGGCCGCGUGACUCGAUUUGGGCCGCGGCUUCGGCGAUGAAGGGACGCGAAGGAGGCCGGCGCGCGACACUCUGCUCGCUUCAGUCGCACCGGCCGAGCUGGGCUCGUUGGCCGACCCGUUCGACCCGUUCUCAGAGCUUUGCCCACCCCAACGUCAUUCGGCUUUUUUGCGUGUGCUGACCAGCGCGCUUUCAUUGUGUCUGCAGAUCUUAUGCCUACCUCUAUCCCCUUGCCGGUGUCGUCGCCUACGCUGCUUACCGGUCAGUCUUGCUCGUGCUUGCUUGCUUCGUCGGCCUUCUGUACGCCUUAUGAGCUCGCCAUUGACGUGGUCCCGGCCCCUCUUCAAUACAGCAUCUACGAGAACUACGUUGCCAAGUAG